UCCUCCCUCUAUUGUUCUCUAAAUCGAGCGCCGAAGAGACGGAGGUUAUUCUUUUUCUGUUUUUUUUUUUUAAUUUUUCGCAGAAGGGCACACAGAGAUUAAAAUUUUUCAAAUAUCCGUUAGAAGAGGGACCGUUGGGGAGACUCCCGCCACGGCGUGCCAUGGCCCAGCUGGAGAGCCAGAGCCAGAGCCAGCAGCAGCAGCACGAGAUUCACAGCACCAAGUCCCUGAUCUGCGCCCUCAACCUCGUGUCCCGCAACCUCCCCCUCCCUCCCGACCUCUACGACGCCGUUUCCUCCAUCUGCUUCGCCCCCGAAGACACCUCUCUUAAUGCCUCCCUACUGGAUGCCCCCGGCGCUGGAUCCGACCUCGAUGCUGUUCCUCCCAAGGUUUUAGAAGAUCAUGGUAGUUACAAAGGAGAUCUGUUGGCUGACUUUGAGGAUUCACUGUUGGAGCAACGUCCCAAUUGCUUAUCAGGUUUUGGAUUGACAGUAUCAAGGGAGGAUCGUUAUAAGAGUCGCAUUCGGCAUAGAUUGACUGAGCUUGAAGCAUUGCCUUCAAAUAGAGGUGAGGACUUGCAGACAAAGUGCUUGCUUGAGCUCUAUGGUCUAAAGUUGGCAGAGUUGCAAAGGAAGGUUCGGUCUAAUGUGAGUUCAGAGUACUGGCUCCGUGUGAAAUGCGCAGAACCUGACAAGCAGUUAUUUGACUGGGGGAUGAUGCGUCUGCGUCGUCCACUUUAUGGUGUGGGGGAUGCUUUUGCCAUGGAUGCCGAUGAUCAGUUCAGGAAGAAACGGGAUGCCGAGAGAUUGUCAAGGUUAGAAGAGGAGGAAAAGAAUCUUAUGGAAACUAGAAAAAGAAAAUUUUUUGCAGAAGUGCUCAAUGCAGUUCGUGAAUUCCAAUUGCAAAUUCAAGCAUCUAUGAAACGCCGAAAACAAAGGAAUGAUGGCAUACAGUCAUGGCAUGGAAGGCAAAGGCAACGUGCUACACGGUUAGAGAAGUUGAGGUUCCAAGCUUUAAAGGCUGAUGAUCAAGAAGCAUACAUGAGAAUGGUAAAAGAGAGCAAGAAUGAACGAUUGACAAUGCUUCUGGAAGAAACAAAUAAACUACUUGCAAAUUUGGGAGCUGCUGUUCAACGUCAGAAAGACGCUAAAGAUUCAGAUGGGAUUGACGACUUGAAAGACUCGGAAGUUGAUUCACCUGAGUUGGAUGCUGCAAAGAAUGGAACUCCUCAGGAACCUGAGGAAGAGAUCGACAUCAUUGAUUCCAAUCUGAAUGUUGAAACUAAUGAUUUACUUGAAGGUCAGCGUCAGUAUAACUCAGCCAUCCAUUCAAUUCAGGAAAAGGUAACUGAGCAGCCAUCCAUGCUUCAAGGCGGAGAAUUAAGACCAUACCAGUUGGAGGGGCUUCAGUGGAUGCUCUCCUUGUUUAAUAACAACUUAAAUGGAAUUUUAGCAGAUGAGAUGGGUUUGGGGAAGACAAUACAAACCAUUUCGUUGAUAGCAUAUCUCAUGGAGUACAAGGGUGUGACUGGGCCUCACUUGAUAGUGGCUCCAAAGGCUGUAUUACCAAAUUGGAUCUAUGAAUUCUCAAUGUGGGCUCCUGGUAUUGCAGCUUUCCUUUAUGAUGGACGUCUAGAUGAGAGAAAAGCAAUGAGGGAAGAGUUAUUAGGGGAGGGGAAAUUUAAUGUGCUGAUCACACACUACGAUCUUAUCAUGAGAGAUAAGGCCUUUUUGAAGAAAAUGCACUGGUACUACAUGAUUGUUGAUGAAGGGCAUCGGUUAAAGAAUCAUGAGAGUGUUCUUGCACGUACUCUUGUCUCAGGUUAUCAGAUUCGACGGAGGCUUCUGUUAACUGGUACCCCAAUACAGAAUAGUUUGCAGGAAUUAUGGGCCCUGCUUAAUUUUCUUCUGCCACACAUUUUCAAUUCAGUGCAGAACUUCGAGGUGUGGUUUAAUGCACCCUUUGCAGAUAAGGGUGAUGUUUCUCUUACAGAUGAGGAAGAGCUACUGAUCAUUCGUCGUCUGCAUCAAGUUAUAAGGCCAUUCAUAUUGAGGAGGAAAAAGGAUGAGGUAGAAAAAUACCUUCCUGGGAAAUCCCAGGUCAUUUUGAAAUGCGAUACUUCGGCUUGGCAGAAAGUAUACUAUCAGCAGAUUACAGAUGUGGGCAGAGUUGGGCUAGACAAUGGUACAGGGAAAUCAAAGGGUCUACAGAACCUAACAAUGCAGCUCAGAAAAUGUUGUAACCACCCAUACCUUUUUGUUGCGCCCGGUUAUGAUAUGUGGCAAAAGGAGGAGAUAGUCAGAGCAUCAGGGAAAUUUGAACUUCUUGAUCGUUUACUGCCAAAACUCCACAGAGCAGGGCACAGAGUUCUGCUUUUCUCACAAAUGACUCGUCUCCUUGACAUUGUGCAAAUUUAUUUGCAACUUCAUGAUUACAAGUAUCUUAGGCUGGAUGGUAACACCAAAACUGAGUAUAGAGGGGCUCUAGUAGACCAAUUCAAUGCUCCAGACUCUCCUUUCUUCAUGUUUCUCUUGAGCACUCGUGCUGGAGGUCUUGGUUUGAACUUACAAACAGCAGAUACGGUAAUACUUUUUGACAUUGACUGGAACCCUCAAAAUGAUCAACAGGCAGAAGAUCGGGCCCAUCGUAUAGGACAGAAAAAGGAAGUUAGGGUGUUUGUCUUGAUUACUGUUGGAUCAGUUGAAGAGGCAAUCUUAGAGCGUGCAAAACAAAAGAUGGGGAUUGAUGAAAAGGUCAUCCAGGCAGGACUUUUCAAUACAACUUCCACAGCUCAGGACAGCAAGCUGAAGUUAGAGGAGAUCAUGCGUAGAGGUACAAGCUCACUAGGGACAGAUGUGCCAAGUGAGAGAGAAAUCAACCGCCUGGCUGCUCGAUCUGAUGAAGAAUUCUGGCUGUUUGAGAAAAUGGAUGAGGUGAGAAGACAGAAGGAGAAAUACAGAUCUCGUCUUAUGGAAGAACAUGAAGUACCCGAAUGGGCAUAUUCUGCCCCCGAAAUUAAGGAAGAUGAGACCUUAGGGUUUGACAGUGGCAGUGUCCCUGGAAAGCGUAGAAGAAAGGAGGUGGUGUAUGUUGAUACUCUGAGUGACUUACAGUGGAUGAAGGCUGUGGAAAAUGGAGAAGACAUAUCAAGGCUUUCCAUUAGAAGAAAGGGAAGCGAUCCACCUGCAUCUGAGGGCAAUGCAUCUACAAGAAACUUUACAGGUUCAGUGGAAAAGGUGUUAGAGUUAGGGAAUGAGAACAUGCCUAUGACAAGUGAAAGAACAAGCGAAGAUACCUCUGCUUUGGCCCAAACCCCAACUCCAAAGCCAAAGGCACACAAGUCUGAAGGGUCAAAAACUAAGCAGCAUGAAUAUCAGGGUGUUGGAGGAAGUAACUGGAAUGGGCACAUGCUUACAUGGAAUGCCCAUAAGAGAAAGAGAUCAAGCUAUGCUGUCCAGAGCUCAUCGUCUGAUUCUAGAGGGCAGAAUUCCAAUGGAAGGGGAGGUGGAUGGACUUGAUUUGAGACAACUCGAAAAGGAUGUGUCACAGGAAUACCGGGGCAGGGAGGUUUAGAUGAUAAUUAAACUGGUGCAGUUAUUGUCAUUCCACAACUUUCCAGUCAUUCCGGUGUAUUGUAGCAUGUCACAUUUCAGCGACAACGUGAAGUUAUCCCAACUGAUGGCAGGCACUUUUUGCUCAU